ACAAGCCCAGGGUUGGGGCAAAGGCUUAGCACUGGGACUUGGCCUGGUUUGGGGCUGAGGCAGGACACUUGCUCUGGUUCUUCCUCCCCUUGGUCCUUGAGGAGUCCCUAGCCCCAGAGCUUCCAAGCCUGCCUUUGGCCCUUGACUACCUUCGGCUGUCCAAAUGUCCAGCCAUCCCAGAAUAGGCACCAGAGCAGGCAUGAGUGACAAAGCAGGUGGCUGGGCAGAUACAGGCACUGAGACUGAGACGUAAGAAAGGCAGACCCACCAUGACCCAGAUGACCGAGCUAAGCAGGCAGACAGAAGUGCAGAGACCGGAGGAAGCUCCCUGCCUGCCCUGAGUGCACUCAGCCAGGCUUGGCUAGUAUUUCCAUGGGAGAGCCAGCCGGGGACUUAGGCUGCUGAAGGAGCCGAGUCCCAAACAGGGCAGGAGCCAGAGACUGAGGACCUUCUGGAGCCUUGACCGAGCCCAGUUAGAACCAUACCCAGAGACGACCUGGAUUCUGCUGGGAGAUCCCCGAAUUCUGAACAUAGCCAUGCACCUCCUGGCCGCGCUCCUGCUGCUAUUUCUGGCCAGUGGGGCUGAGGCCUUUCGCAUCUGUGCCUUCAACGCCCAGCGGCUGACUCUUAGCAAGAUGGCCAGGGAACAUGUGAUGGACACCUUAGUUCGGAUCGUGGCUCGCUGUGACGUCAUGGUGCUGCAGGAGGUGGUGGACUCCUCGGACGGCGCCAUCAAGCUGCUGCUGCGGGAACUCAAUCGGUUCGAUGACUCCGGGCCCUACGAGUACUUGAGCAGCCCCUUGCUGGGACGCAGCACGUACAUGGAGAAGUACGUGUACAUCUACCGGACGCACAAGACCAAGGUCCUGGGACAGUACGUGUACAAUGACAAGGACGACCUCUUUGCCCGGGAGCCCUUCGUGGCCCAGUUUGCGCUGCCCAGCAAGGUGCUCCCCAGCCUGGUGCUGAUCCCGCUGCACACCACGCCGAAGGCCGUAGAGAAGGAGCUUGGCGCCCUGUACGACGUGUUUCUGGACGUCUCCCAGCAGUGGCAGAGUGAGGAGGUGAUCUUGCUUGGGGACUUCAACGCUGACUGCGCUUCGCUGAGCAAAAAGCGCCUGGGGGAGCUGAUGCUUCGGACCCAGCCUGGCUUCCACUGGGCCAUUGGCGAUGGCGAGGACACCACGGUGCGAGCCAGCACCCACUGCGCCUACGACCGCAUUGUGCUGCACGGCGAGCGCUGUCAGCAGCUGCUGAGGGUCGCCGCGGCCUUUGACUUCCCCAAGAGCUUCCUGCUCUCUGAGCUGGAGGCCCUCAACAUCAGCGACCACUACCCAGUGGAGGUGGAGCUGAGUACGGCUGCCCACACGGGGCAACCCCUUGGCCCGAGCCCGCUGCUGCUGCUAUCUCUGCUGCUGCCACUCCUGCCCCCCCAGCUGGGGCCAGUGGCCUGAACACCAGGACUCCUGCCCGCAGAUGUGCCGGCCAGGCUGCCAUCUCAGGACUCAAGGCCCAGCUGCUUGGCCCUCCCAGCCUGACUUUAGCCCCAAGCAGCACCUUCAGCUACUUUCUUUGGCUCAGCUUCUGUUGUCCUUUGGUUGGGCCUGUGCUAGUGUUAGAGUGUAGAAGAGAAAGUAGGGACCCAAGGCUGGACCCCUGCCCCUCUUCCUUGAGGUGAGGCCAGGAGUAGAGUGAGCAGGCUCUAGGGCUGAGGGAGGCAAGAGGGGGUGCAGAUCAUUUCGGCUAAACCACAGGAAUUAGGGAAAUCACAACAGAUCAGAUCUAAGGUGCUGGUAAGAAACCACAUACGUGGAGAAAGCUGGCCGUGGGGACUUUGGCAGACAGGAAAGCACCCACAUGCCCCUCCAGCAACACACUUACUAGAAAACAAGGGGAGGCGGACUACUCAAACCCAGAUUCCUAACAGCUGAGCAGCCAGCCUGCCCAAGGCGGGCAGAGGAAGCCUGGUAGGAAGGCCACAGGCACACAGGAAUUACCCCCAGGAACCAGUCCCUGUGAACAUCUGGUCAGGCAGGGUGAGGCCAGGAGACAGCAUAGCACCUGCAAUGGUGGCUCCAACAAGGCCAACUGCACCGCUCCCACCCCACAGCGAGCAGGGCACCGGGCCAUUUAAGCCACUUUAUGGUUUAUCUCAAGGGCGAAUAAAGCUGGUUUCAGACAAAAUCAA